UAGUUUGUUUACAAUGUAUAACUUUCUCCGACUUUCUAGGACGUGUUUUAUGCCACUUCUUUUUCUGUCUCAUUUUGUCCGCCAAACUUUUAACGUUGUGCGUGAAUACACAAAGGGUGAAGACUGCUGGCAUGACUUGGACAACACCGAGUACGACUGCUGGCCAAGCCACAACCCCAACGACUACAACAUGAUCAGCUGUGGUGGUCUGGAGAUGGCUUGGGUGCAGCGUCCUCCAGAGAAGGUCAGCAAUGGAGAAGAGUUCAACGUGUCCUACACCGUCACAGCUUCUGACGCCUUCUACGACUACGCCGUCACCAACAACAUCUUCCAGUUCAGUGACGCCAUGGAGGCCAAGCGGUUCUGUGAGGAACAUCAGUGUCCAUCCAACUGGAAGAACGCCAAUGAGAUCAACUGUUGUGUUUAUCACGCCAACAUCCACUCCUGUCCUCUGGGCCUCAUGAAACAAGGCGGCAUCUGUGGCCCGUGGAUUCCUGACGAUGGCAAGAUCGUGACUCACACGGUGUCCAAAGCAGGCACCAUCAGUCAGAAGUAUUGGACGUCAAAGGUGGUGCUGAUCCACGUGGGAGUCACUUCGGUCAUAGCUCACAUCAAAAUAGGAAAAAUGCACGCAGCGUUGGAAUCCAAAGUACUGGUGGUCAGCGCUCAGGUGUGCGGGGACCACGUCUGCGAGGUGGAGGAGAACUGUCUCAACUGUCCUGCAGACUGUGGCAUCUGUCCCAUGUCCAUCGCCAUCAAGGUGUCCAUCGGGCUUCCCGUCGCUCUUUUCAGCGCCGGCUUCAUCCUGACCAUGGUGUGGCUCCAGUACCAGAAACAGAAGAUGUUCUGGGAUGAAAGCUGGAUCAUUAACUACAAGAAUAUAUUGUUUGGCCGAGUGUGUGGGACAGACUUUGGCAGCACCAACAGCCCCCAGCGAGUGAAGAGUACCUCCAAUGUCAGCCAGCUGACGGACGUCACCAUGUGCACCGGAGUCAACACCUUCCUCAAGCAGGGCUUCAUCCAGCCUGCCAGCUACGAUGGAAGAAGUGUUGCCAUCAAGCACAUCCAGAAGAAACACUUCACUCUCUCCAAAAGCAUCAGGAAGGAAGUGAAAGAGGUCAGGCAACUGGACCACCCCAACCUCUGCAAGUUCAUGGGAGGCUGCAUCGAGGUGCCGUACAUCAGCAUCAUCACGGAGCACUGCCCCAAAGGAAGCCUGGCUGAUGUCCUCCUCAACGAGGACAUUCCCAUCAACUGGGGGUUCAGACUGUCCUUCGCCACCGAUGUUGCCCGCGGGAUGGCCUACCUGCAUCAGCACAAGGUGUUCCAUGGAAGACUCCACUCCAGGAACUGUGUCAUUGACGAUCGCUGGGUGUGCAAGAUCUCAGAUUACGGCCUCACACUCUACCGAAAGGAGGACUUUGACGCCAUCAGCAACGGGUUCACCUGUGGUGACGUCAACCGCCUCUACUGCGCUCCGGAGGUCCUGCUGGGGAGUAGCUCCAACAUGACGGCAGCAGCAGACGUCUACAGCUACGCCAUGAUCCUGGUGGAGAUAGCCACUCGCUCAGACCUCAUCUCCGACCAGGGAGAGGGCGGGAGGAUGGACAUCACCUGGCGCCCGCCUCUGCCACAACUCAAAGCGGGAAAAAACGACUUGGACUGUCCCAGUCAGGAAGACUACUGUGAGCUUAUCAAAAAGUGUUGGUCUCACAGCGUGACCACCAGGCCCACCUUUGAGCAAGUGAAGAAGAUGCUGGACAAGAUGAACCCUCACAAAGUCAGCCCUGUGGACAUGAUGAUGAACCUGAUGGAGAAGUACAGCAAACAUCUGGAGGCCAUUGUUGCUGAGAGAACACAAGACCUUCUCCAAGAGAAACAGAAGACCGACCUCUUGUUGUACAGCAUGUUACCAAAGCCGGUGGCAGAUGACCUCCGCCAAGGCCGAACCACAGAAGCUCAGAGCUUCUCCAACGCCACCGUCUACUUCAGCGACAUUGUGGGCUUCACCCAGCUGUCGGGUGCCAGCACUCCCUACCAGGUGGUGGACUUCCUCAACCAGCUGUACACCACCUUUGACGACAUCAUCGACAACUACGACGUCUACAAAGUGGAGACCAUUGGCGAUGCUUACAUGGUGGUGUCAGGGGUGCCCAAUGAAAAUGGCAUCAACCACGCGGGGGAGAUAGCCAGCAUGGCCUUGGACCUGGUUAACGUUUGCCACUCGUUCAAGAUCCCACACAAGCCCCACAUGCAGCUGAAGAUACGUGCAGGCAUCCACUCGGGACCGGUUGUGGCCGGUGUGGUUGGCACCAAGAUGCCGCGUUACUGCCUCUUUGGGGACACCGUCAACACGGCGUCACGGAUGGAAUCCACCAGUGAAGCUUUAAAGAUCCAGGUGAGCGGCGCCACGGCUGAGCUGCUUCACACGUUGAGAGGCUACCUUCUGACCUGCAGAGGAUCACUCAACGUCAAGGGCAAAGGUGAGAUGACAACAUGGUGGCUGGAAGCCAAGAGAGACGAUCAAACAGAUCCACUGCUCAGCACGUCUGUGCAGUCCAGAGGCGGUCCUGUGCCGGUUGGCGACUGAAACGGAUGUGUGACACCAUACCAACAUAACAUAACCAAGUGCAAUAACUGAUCUCUUGUCAACUGUGUUUUAGUGAUUGUAGUUUCUUUGUCCAUAUUCUGUUGACUGAUGAGACUCUGCUUCUUAUUAAGUGUACUCCUCUGUGUAUGUAUACUUAUGACAAUAUUGGGCACAUCUGCACUGAGAUUUCCACUCCAAAUGUCUCAAGUGGUGCCUUCAAAUACCACUCAUUUGAGAGGGCUCGAUCGGAGUUGGGUGGAGUAGCCAAAAAUUGUACUCAAAAGACCUGAAGGAAGUUGUUCAUUUAGAGCAGGGGUGGAGGGCCACACCGACAAUAUUUCAAUUAAAUUUUGGUCAAAUUAUUUUUGAUAUACCGUAAGAUAAAUAAUAAUAAUAACAAUAAUUUCAUUUAACCUAAUUUAACUUUAUACAAAAGCAGAUUGUUUUUGAUGGUUUUAUUUUUAACACUGUCUUACACAACACUUCCUGAUGUAUAAUACAAUGCAAAAAUGUCAAUUUCUGUCGCUUUAUCCUGCAUCCUCUUUAAAAGUCCAACAUUUUUCCCCGUCAGAUUUGGACAACCAUCUGUUGUCACACCUGCCAGCUUGUCCCAUUUCAGUCCUAACAUGUCCAAACACGCAUUUACCUAUGUGAACAAGUCAUUACCUGUGGUUGUCUCUUUAAUUGACUGCAUGGCUGCCAGCUCCUCCGUGAUUUGAAAGUCUGCAGUUAUCCCACGUAAGAAGAUGAGCAGCUGGGCGGUGUUACGUACAUCGCAGCUCUCAUUCAAAGCCAGCGAAAAACAGUCAAAGUCGGCCGUUCUGUUCUUCAGCUGAAGCUCCAAGUUUCCAGCGAUGGUCUCAACCUGCCUCGUUACAGUGCGUCGGGAGAGUGACACGUUCUCAAAUGCGCCCCUCUUCUCCGGGCAUAUCAGCGCAACAGAGUCCGAUAAGCACUCCUUAAUAAACUCUCCAUCAGAAAACGCCUUUUCUGGCGAUUUUGUGAGAAAUGACGAAACUUGUCCUGAUGGCUGCAUCUCUGGGGGUGUGAAAUUUGGCAAGAUGUCCUUGUUGGGUUUGCAGUUUUACCAUCAACGCAUCAGCCUCCCUUGCGCGCGCUUCAUCAGACAGAUUCCGAUAUUUUUCCUCGUGCUUCGUCGUGUAGUGGCGAUUGAAAUUAUAUUCUUUAAACACAGCAACCUGUGUACCACAAAUUAAGCACACGGCUUUACCUUUAAUUUCUGUAAAGAAAUACUUGGCAGUCCAUGUCUUGUUGAAAACACGGCAUUCGUCAUCAACUUUUCUCUUUUUAGCGUCUCUGGGAUAACCGGGCAUCACUUGUCGCUGUGCACAUUCACUCACAGGUUACACACGGACAUACGCCCAUUAAUAACACUUUUCAAAAUAAAAGCAGCACAGUUGUAUUGCACGCACGACAGAUGUUUUUUUAAAUUUAUUUUGUAAUUUGUGAUUGCCGCUGUUCACAUUCACUCACAAUCACGCACGAGCAUACGUCCACACGGAAGUAAUACAAAUAACGCUUUUCAAAACAAAAGCAGCACCGUUGUAUUGCACACUCGACAUAGACACUUUUUAAAAUGUAUUUUGUAAUUCAUGAUUGGCCUCACGCGGGCCGGACAGGGACGCACAAAGGGCCGGAUGUGGCCCGCGGGCCGCCGAAUGCCCAGGUCUGAUUUAGAGUAAUAUGACUCAAGUCAAGGUCAAAACUGGUCAUCCAAAUAGUUACUUGCGUAAGUAUUCAGUGAAAAAAGUACUCGAGUACUGAGUAACUGGUGAUUAACUUCUGAUUCAUACCCUAACUCAGUUAAUGGUACUUGCACACUUCAAUCAAUCAAUCAAAGUGUAUUUAUAUAGCCCUAAAUCAUGAGUGUCUCAAAGGGCUGCACAAGCCACAACGACAUUAGGGCAAGAACAAACUCAACCCAAUGGGAUACAAUGAGAAACCUUGGAGGGGACCGCAGAUGUGGGGACCCCCAACCCUGGUGCAAUGGAAGUCGAGUGUACCUAGUUAAUAGUGUGAGAGUCCAGUCCAUAGUGGGGCCAGCAGGGGAUCAUCUUGAGUGGAGACAAGUCAGCAGCGCAGAGACGUCAUCAACUGAUGCACAGAUGAGUGGUCCACCCCUGGUCCCGACUUUGAACAGCUAGCACCUCAUCUGUGGUCACCUAAUAACCUCUCCACGCAGGAGUGAGGGGCAGAGCAGAAAAGAGACGGCAGAUCGACUGAUCUAAAAGGGGGGUCUAUUUAAAGGCUAGUGUAUACAAAUGAGUUUUAAAAUGAGACCUCAACUGUAGUUAAGUGUGAAUGUGUGUGUGAGAGACACUACCAUAUAUAGUAUGCUCUACAAAACACUGAUGACGUCAUAACAGGCUAAUGUUAGCAUAUGCUAGCUAAAACAUGUAAACAUCGACAACUCUCGUUGGAAGUGGAAUUCUUGGAGGCUGAAAUGUGAACAUUUGUCACACAGAUGAUGGUGUAAAGGUUCUUCUUCACACUCUGUAGGUGUUGAAGAGUUAUGUCACUUUUUACAGUGUGCAGUUGCAGUGCUGUCAUGUGACUGCCAGGCUUCAUUUGAUUGGUCAAAGGUCGCCAGUGCUUACAUUGCAUUAGUAAAACACGUCCCUCUAAGAAACGAUAAGACAUUGCAAGCUGUUAUUAAGAUAUUAUAAAUAUAAUAAUUAGAGAUGUCCGAUAAUAUCGGACUGCCGAUAUUAUCGGCCGAUAAAUGCUCUAAAAUGUAAUAUCGGAAAUUACCGGUAUCGUUUUCAAAAAGUAAAAUGUAUGACUUUUUAAAACGCCGCUUUGUACACGGACGCAGGGAGAAGUACAGAGCGCCAAUAAACCUUAAAGGCCCUGCCUUUCCGUGCUGGCCCAAUCACAUAAUAUCUACGGCUUUUCACACACACAAGUGAAUGCAAUGCAUACUUGGUCAACAGCCAUACAGGUCACACUGAAGGUGUGACAUGCUCUCUCAGGGAGAGCAUGUCCCAAAUUCCAAGCUGCUGUUUUGAGGCAUGUUAAAAAAAAUAAUGCACUUUGUGACUACAAUAAUAAAUAUGGCAGUGCCAUGUUGGCAUUUUUUCCCAUAACUUGAGUUGAUUUAUUUUGGAAAACCUUGUUACAUUGUUUAAUGCAUCCAGCGGGGCUUCACAACAAAAUUAGGCAUAAUAAUGUGUUAAUUGCCAUCAGUGUGUGAAUGUGUGUGUGAAUGGGUGAAUGUGGAAAUACUGUCAAAGCGCUUUGAGUACCUUGAAGGUAGAAAAGCGCUAUACAAGUAUAACCCAUUUAUCAUUUAUUUGCACGACUGUAUAGAUCAGUAUCGGUUGAUAUCAGAAUUGGUAAUUAAGAGUUGGACAAUGUCGGAAUAUCGGCAAAAAAGCCAUAAUCGGACAUCUCUAAUAAUAAUGAUAUGAAAUGUCGGAAUGAAUCUCAGUCCAAAGUAAAAGUAGUUUUUCUUCUUCACAAAAAUACUCAAAUGAAAGUUAAAAAGUAUUAAAACUACGCAGGCAAGUGUAAUUUACAUAAGUAAAUGUAGCGCGUUACUGACUAUACAGCAGAACAUUUACAGGCCCAGUAAUAAAGACUCUCUCAAUAUUAUGUUUGGUGAAAGCAAUGUUUCUAAAUUGUAUCAUAACUGUGUUGCAUU